ACCCUUGUUGCUUUUUUUUUCUCUUGUCAUCGAUUUUUUUUCUUUUUUUUUUCUCAUUCGUUUUUUUUUUAUCAUGGUCAAAUUCUAUCAACACGUAUUUAAUUAUGAUUAUCAAUGGCAAAAUGUAACUUUUGCUUUUUGGUUACGAUAUCCCAACCCUUUUGCUUCACAUGUUCUUGCUGUGGAUGUAUUGGAUCGCUAUGUAGAUCACAAUGGUGUAUUGAAAACAACCAGACUUGUACUGAAAAAAGGAAAAGCACCUAAAUGGUUCCCUGAAUCUUUCUUGAAAAACUCUGAAGCUUUUGUUAUUGAAGAAUCAGAAGUCGAUCCUAAAUCAAAAGUUAUGGUUACUCGUACAAAGAACUUGAAUCAUGUCCGUAUCAUGCAAGUUGUCGAGACCCAAACUUUUAGACAACACGAACAAAAUUCAGAAUGGACUUCAUGCAAGACUGAGGCUCGUAUUGUAUCCAAGUUUGGCUGGGGCAUGACAGGUCGUAUCGAAGGCUUUGGACAAAGUUCUUUUAUUGCCAAUGCGGCCAAGGCCCGUAAAGGAAUGCAACACAUUUUGCAAAUGAUUCGUGAAAAACAAGUCAAUCGAUCUCAAUUAUCUUGAUUCCAUUUAAGAAAAGCAGCAUAUUCAGAAAAAAAAGCAUUCUAUUUAUUUAUUGUUGACCACUCUUCUCUACUUUUUUUUCUUUGCAAAACAAAAAAACAAUGAUCAAUGUAAAUACUUUAUAUUCCCCCCCCCCUCUUCUUUCUGUAUACAUCCAAAAAAUAAUAAUAAUAAAAAGCUUAGUGGUUUGGAAUUUAUCCGG